GUAAACAUGGCCGACAUAACAUCGACAAUCUACCUUGAAAAAACCUCACAAUUCUAAGCUUUAAAAUGGACGAAGACCUCGAAUCUUCCUCGACACCUCUUCCCGAAGACGUGGAUAACCUGAAGGCCAUCGUCUUGGAAUUAAGGAAGAAGGAAAAACAACUCUUACAAGAAAAACAACAAGCCGAGAAUGAUUUUGGCAAGAAGAGAGCCAUGCUCAAGGACAUAUUUAUCUCCAAAGAGGAGGAGCUGGAAGCCUUACAAAAAAGAUUUGAUGAAGUUGUUAACGAAUGUGAGACUUUGCGCACUGCUACAUCAGUACUGGAGAGUGCACAGUCGGAGGAAAUCAGCUCUCUCACUUCUAAGUAUCAAGAAGAAAUCGCAUCUUUACAGCAUAUCAUGAGAGAAGCAGUCAAGGAAGCACGAGACACCACUGCCCAACAGUUUGAACUCGAGCGACAUUCUCUUAUAUCUGCUAACCAAAAAUUAGAAGCUCAGUUAAAGGAUUUGCAUGCAAAGUUGGGCCACGAUGGAAAGAAUACAGGAGUAAUGUCUGCCAUGACUGAUGCAGUAGCAGGGGUAGUAAGAAGAAGUACUUCUCUUACAUCAACUAGUCAUAAGGAAAAAGAACCUGUUUCUAUGGAGGAAGGCAUGAAAAAGGUUCAAGAAGAUGCUGAAGGCUGGAAAACAAUUGUCAAGGCAUUAGAAGAGGAAAAUUCUUUUUUAAAGUCAAAGUUAAGAUCGACAGAGGAAAAGUUACAGGGUGCGGAAAAACCUACUAUGGACAAGGAAUCAAGUGUAAGUCUGGAUGAACUACAAGAAAAGGUCAAAGAUUUAAAUCUAUACUUGGAAUGUGAACGCGCAUCUAGAACAGAUCUUGAGAUAUAUGUAUCUGUUCUCAACACACAGAAAGGUGUCCUACAAGACGACUCUGACAAAUUAAGAAAAGAACUUCAUAAUGUUUGUAAACUUCUUGAGCAAGAGAAAACAGCACAUCGUGAACUGAAGCAAACCUGGCAAAUGGCAAACGAUCAGUUCCUGGAGAAUCAACAGAUGCUGAACGCCAAGAUGACGUUGAUGUGGAAUGUCAUGACCAACGAACAAAAACAGAAGGUCAGAGAAGAACGACAAAAGUUAUUAACCACACGACCUCAGGCUGGUGAACUGGUAGACCUGACUACGCCACCUCUUACUCCUGUUUCGCCUGUAGAGAAAGCCAUUGAUGUCGCUCUAACGAUACCUGAUUCAGGGUCUCACCUCUCCGAUAUCUCCACUUUAUCCUGUACUAAUUCCAUCACGUCCAUCGCGUCCGACAAGGAAGAAAGCAACGACGAAGACGAAGACGGUGAUAACAAACAUAAGGGUCAAAGACAACGGUCACAUUCAGACUCGGGUUCUUUGGAAGUUAAUGACAUCGACGUCUCGAGAGCCAAGUCCGCAGAAAACCUCACUCCUCUCCCCUUGGGCGUGCAGGACAAAGCUGAAGCGGAAGCCAUCAGGCAUAGUCCCUUACUGGACUUGGAACCAAGACCGCGCACGCCCAGUAAAGGAAAGAUUGAUUGGCGAGUUUUCCAGGAAGAGGUCAAAGUGUUACAUGAAAGCGAAACGAACAGAUCGUGUGUCAUGUGCAGUAACUACGAGAAACAGUUACAGAAGGUGGAAGCUGAAAGACAAAAACUUAAAAACCUCUCUUCUAAUCUGCAAAUAGCUCUAGAGCACGAAAAAAAAGCGUUAUUCGAAGAACAGAAGCUGCGCAGUCGUCUAGAGCUGAGUGUGGGUCACGCGGGUCAGGACGCGCAGACACAAAUCAACGAACAGGCCGACAUGUUGAGUAAACUAGAUAAGAUACUAGUGGACGUACAAAGAAAUUAUGCUGCUACAAGAAAAGAAGCCUCUGCGCAAAUAGAAAAACUAACUGUAUCAAGAGACGAAUUAAGGGAAGAGUUAAAUCGUCUACGGUCCGAGUAUAUUGCCUUGCAGGACUCCGCACUUCAACAACUCAGCCAGAUGGACUCAGACGCGCGAGUAACAGAAAUGAAAGAACAGCUGAUGCAAAUCCGAUCUGCAAGUGAAGGAACAGAGGAAAAAUUACGGAGUGAGAUUGCAUUCUUGAAAGACCGAGCGAUAGCUGAACAAAUGAAUAAAGACAGCAUGGAGGAGAUGUUCCAGGCUGAUGUAGAAGGCUACAAAAUAGAAAUAGGUAAACUGGCUGAAGAUUUUAAAAAAGAAAGAAAAGAAAAAGAAGAGAUGGAGACAAAAUUACAACAAUCAGAUCAAAUGCUACGAAAUAUUGAAGCCAAGUCUAAAACAGUUAUCAUUGCCCUUAGAGGACAACUAGAGGAAGCUAGCGAGGAAAAGAAAAAACUGGAGGUUGAAAUGAACAGAAUGAGAAAUCAAUUUCAGUCGUUGACUUCUCAGCUGAAUGAAAGCGAAACUGUUCAAAGAGACUUCGUCAAGUUAUCACAAUCGUUACAGAUGCAAAUAGCGAAAAUACAGGAAUCAGAAGAGGACGUUCGCUGGGAACACAAGGAUGAUGUACAUCAAUGUCACAAAUGUAAAAAACCAUUAGCAAACAAUAAAGAUAAGGCACACUGUCAUCACUGUGGCAAGAUCUUUUGCGAAGCAUGUCGAUCCAAAACCAUCAAUUCAUCCGUCACGCGACGAGCUCACCAAGUCUGUGAUUUAUGUCACGCCAUCUUAAGUAAAGACCCAAAAGCUUUGGUAAACGACAUUAGCGAUGGUGAUAGGUAAUAUGGAACGGUAUAGGCAUAAAUUCAUUUUCUAAUUGGUUUUUAUUCUAAUUACGUCUGAUUACGUCAUAGCAAUAUACUAACGUACUCGACAGGGUCAAAAUUAGAAUCAAGGUAUAAAAUGACCACCAAUAUCAAAAUCCGUUGUCAUGGAAAUAGUCGUUCCAAAACGUGAAUCAUUUAGCCUUGAGAAAUUCAUAUUAACUUACUAUUCAUACCGACUAGUUCUCCACUUCUUCAAGAGAUUCUUCCGGCCUUUUAAAAAUAACGGUGCACGGCACGGUCACGGAAGGGAAUGUCAUAACAUGCAAGAUAUUACUGCUCGUGCAAUCAAAAUGCUGGGAUACUUCAUGGUCAUGGCACGGCACGUCCGUAUCAUAUGUAACGGUAUCCUUCGUAUAAUUUAGGGCGCAGUUUCCCACACCACUGUCAUUUUAACUGUCAACUUGAUCUCUGCCUAUCAACAUACUUUCAACUUGCUAAACGUACGUUAUGGACGUACCGUAGCGUGACGGGACCGAACAUUUGAUUGCUUGAGCAGUUAAUUCGCGUGCUGUGUUUGGUCCAAAGAAUGUUAACUCCUUGACGGUGCCGUGACGUUUGACGCUGUUCCAAAAUUUAUUCUGCGAUCGAAACAUCAUGCGUAAUGUUUUCCCAUUUCAGAGUAUGUGUCAUUCCCUAGAGUAUUGCGAGACUCGUGAAUAUAGUAAACUCAAACAAAGAAUCUUAUUCUCAAGGGAAUGACACGUGGUCUGACAUGGGACAAAACAUUAUGGCCAAGAUGAAGAAGUCAAUUAUGGUCAUGAUUUGGUGGUGGUAACUAGCUUAACCAUGACAAUUGACCCUUUAGCUUCGUUGUUUGUUGUGCACAUUUCAGACCAUGUGAUGCCACUCUCGGGAGUUGAUUCUUUCAUGUGUAAAUACCUCAACAUGUUGGUCAUAAAAGAACAAUUCUCAAGAGAAUGUCACGUGAUCUGAAAUGGGAAGAGGUGGGUUUGACUUCUAAAACGACUGUGCUACUUCAAAAAAUCAAUAUAUACUCGUACAUGACGCAUCAUUUGACAGGAGUGAUGAAUACUUGUAUGUCUACUCCCAUUGUUUUAUUAAGAAAAUCUGGGGGAAAACCUGCAUAAAAUACAUACGUUGUACCCUGGACGGUUUUUCAAAGGAAAACGAAAGAUCCAAUCCACUGUUUGUUCAUCAUAGGCCAUGUGUCACUUCCUUUAGAACAUGACUCUUUGUUUUAGUCUUUAUUAAAUAUGGGUGAAAAGCAAACGAAUCAACUUAUUUUGGAAUGGUACAAAGAAAUAAUAAUCAAGAGAAUGCCAUGUGGUUUCAAGAAAACAGUGGAUUGGGUCUUACUAAGCCAAAAAAGAUCCAGAUUGAAAGCCCACUUCCUGAGAUAUGCUCCAUUCUCACACACAAAUGUUUCAGUACGAGGCUACGUGCUCAAUUGAAUUUAUUCUUUUCUCUCGCACGAAUAUCUGCACAUUUUGCACUUAGCCUCACAUUGAAACCUUUGUGCGUGACUAGCCUAAGCUGUUAUCUUGCUUACAUCGACUAAAAAUAGAUCUUAAAUAGAAGAGAACUAUGCUGAUAAACAGAUUUGAAAUGAGCAUUUCAUAUUUUGAAUAAUGAAUUUCCAACUAAAUUUCUUAUCUUUUCAAUAUACAGCUUCAAAUUGUUUUUAUUUUGUCAAAGGGAAACAUAUUGAAGGUAUCAUGUGGUCAUGAUUUUGAAAUAAUACCACUUAUAAUUGUAAAUAUACCUAAUGGAUUUAGAAUAAAAAUAAACUGUCCAAAAUACAA